AUGAAAGCCGGGAAUUCUUUGCCUGAGAUUCAAGGCCCUUCACAUUUCUUCAAGGUCAUACUUCCCUCAACACUUGAAGCUAAGAUGCUGUUUGUGACAAAGUUUGGGGAUGAGCUUUCUAGUGUUGCUACGAUAACAGUUCCUAAUGGUAGAGUUUGGAAAUUUGGAGUCGUAAAAGAUAGGGGAAAGAUUUGGUUCAGUAAUGGUUGGUCUGAGUGUGUAGAGUAUUACUCCAUCAGUCCAGGACACCUUUUGGUUUUCCGAUUCAAAUCAAAAUCAAAUUUUCAUGUUGUUAUAUUUGACAUGAGUGCUUUUGAGAUCGAGUAUCCGAUUAGUGAUGGUGAAGAGCCAGAAAGUGGCAAGCGGAACUUUGGACAUCAGAACAACAUAGAAAGUGAUGAAGAACAGUCUGUGGAGAUAUUGGGUUCUACAACUCCAAAUUCAUCUUAG